AUGGCAACUCGACGGCCGCGCUCUACUGUCCGCGUUUUCAUCCUUCUGCCCAGCGUCAGUGGUGCAACUAGCAGAGGAAUGUGCAGCGCUCGACCCAUCCACUCGACCGUCCGCGCCCAUGGUCCAUUUUUUUCCGAUUACGCACGUGCACAGUUGACGUGGUUGCCGGGGGCUGCCGUAUCCGACGGCAGGCAGCCUUCCUAUCCCAAGUUGAGAUCUCGACCACAUAAUCGCGUGACUGCAUCAACACUCAAAGAUCCCAAUCGAGCGCCAGUCGUUGCUAUAGCGAAGCUGGCUUCCCCCCCUGCUGCUGGUCGGCUUAGUCGCCUUCAUCGUCUGCUGUGGCGUCGUCUCGCCUCCAAAGAUGUGUACUCCAAGACUGCUUCCUCGGAUCUCGUGAGCCCACUCGAAUCUUCGUCGAUUGGCCACAAGGGUGGUAGACUCUUGCGAUCAACCGCGUCUGCUGAUGCUACCCGCAGGGAAGCAGACGAUCAAGAGCGAGCGGGAGUUUUUGAGAAACUUGGCAACCUCCUGUGGAAGCUUUGCAAGGGGAAGGCGGAGUGCAUGGACGAGUUGAGGCCGAUGCUGCACCGAUCGAAUUCAGCCCCCCUGAUCCCCUCUGAGAAGAUGGCUGCGGCUCCGAUUCUGACCAGGGCCAAGACCAUAUCACAUCAGCACGUAUUUAAUGUGGAGGCUGUCCUCAAGAUGUUGAAAUAUGCCGGCGACGAUAUUGAGCAGUCCUUGAAGAAGGUGUUUGUGACCAUGGUGAAGCAGAGGAGGGAUCCCGACGAGGUGGCAGUGUUCUUUAAUCUCCACCCUAAAGUUCAACUGUCGAGGCAGACUGGAAAGAACGCGAUGCUUGCCGCGAAGGCUCAGGCGAACCCUGGGGAGUACUACCUCUUCUACAAGUACUAUUUGUUCUUCAAGGACGUGAACCCUAGCUGGACGAGCAAGUUUGAGCGAGCGACGGGGGCUUAG